AUGAAUAAAGAAGGUGAUGAGAUACUCUAUGAGUCUGGUUGGAGUACAGAUCUAAUGAAUAUGAAUGUGUCGUAUACUAAUGAGUAUUUUUGGUUUUCAAGGCAUUUUUUAACAUGUUCGUUAUUGGUAUUUUUAAUAGUUUGGUCUCUAAUACCACAAGAUGUAGAUAUAUGGAUAAUACGAAAAGAAUUCAUCAAUGAUAUUAUGGAUAUACUACCGCAACGUAGCUGGUUGAUAUAUUUUGAAUGUUUUGUUCUUAUGGGAAUGCUUUGGGUAUACACUGCGUUAUUAAUGUACAAUGAAGAUGUACUUACUCCAGCGCUUGAUGAACUUCGAACUAUAACUGAUGCAAAAGGUAAUGUAGCAACUGAAGAUGAUUUUAAUGACUUUUUAGAUAAGCAUGCAUUCAAAGAAUCCAGUGGGGUCAUUGAUCUUCCAAUUACAGAAGUCUGUGAAAUAUUGUAUAGAGAACAAAGAACUAGAUCCUCUAAAGGGUAG